GUGUGUGACUCUGAUACCAUGCUUGACCCUGCCUCAUCUGUGGAGAUGGUGAAAGUCUUAGAAGAAGACCCUAUGGUUGGAGGUGUUGGGGGUGAUGUCCAGAUCUUAAACAAGUAUGACUCCUGGAUCUCCUUCCUCAGCAGUGUCAGAUACUGGAUGGCUUUUAACAUAGAGAGGGCCUGCCAGUCUUAUUUCGGGUGUGUCCAGUGCAUAAGCGGUCCUCUGGGAAUGUACAGAAACUCCUUACUGCAUGAGUUUGUAGAAGACUGGUACAACCAGGAAUUCAUGGGCAACCAAUGCAGUUUUGGUGACGAUAGGCAUCUUACCAACCGGGUGCUGAGUCUGGGCUAUGCAACAAAGUACACAGCUCGGUCCAAGUGCCUUACGGAAACACCUAUAGAGUAUCUCAGAUGGCUGAACCAGCAGACGCGUUGGAGCAAGUCUUACUUUCGAGAGUGGCUGUACAAUGCCAUGUGGUUUCACAAGCAUCACUUGUGGAUGACGUAUGAAGCUGUUAUCACUGGAUUCUUUCCUUUCUUUCUCAUUGCCACCGUCAUCCAGCUCUUCUACCGGGGUAAAAUCUGGAACAUCCUCCUCUUCCUGUUAACUGUCCAGCUAGUGGGGCUCAUCAAGUCAUCUUUUGCCAGCUGCCUUAGAGGAAAUAUCGUUAUGGUCUUCAUGUCUCUCUAUUCAGUGUUAUACAUGUCAAGUCUACUUCCUGCCAAGAUGUUUGCAAUUGCAACCAUAAACAAAGCUGGGUGGGGUACAUCCGGAAGGAAGACCAUUGUGGUCAAUUUCAUAGGGCUUAUCCCAGUGUCCGUGUGGUUUACAAUCCUUCUAGGUGGUGUGAUUUUCACCAUUUAUAAGGAAUCGAAAAAGCCAUUUUCCGAAUCCAAACAGACUGUUCUCAUUGUGGGAACCUUGAUCUAUGCAUGCUACUGGGUCAUGCUUUUGACUCUGUAUGUGGUUCUGAUCAAUAAGUGUGGCAGGCGGAAGAAGGGACAGCAGUACGACAUGGUGCUUGACGUAUGAUCACACGAUGAUGUUUGCAGUCACACAUGGGGACACACA